GACCGUUAGCUGGGGCCGGGCGAAUGCGGUGGUACCAACCAAGAGGAGAGAAAAUCUGACCGACCGUGCCGGGUGAUGUAAAAAGUCACAAUACCACUUCAGAGCCAGGGCUUCCUAUCCUAUGCUCAGACCAAUAAAAGGGAUACGAGAAUGAGAAUCUGUCAAAGGGUGAUGGGCACGUCUGAUCAGUGAGUGAGAUUUGGGCUUGUGAAUACUCGUGGAGUCCUCUCCUAAAACGUGACUGACAGCAGUGUUUCCAGUUGAACUCCCUCUGCGUGGCACACUCUCCGCCAACACCAAGACUAAAGAAAAGACAUCGCUGAGGGAUUAGACAUCUCCCCACCCUACACUUCCCCGGGCAGACUCCCCCAGCACAUCGCCUCGCCCUCACCUCCCCAAGAGGGAGAGAACAGCAGCCAUCAUGGUGCUGUCACAGAGACAAAGAGAUGAACUAAACCGAGCUAUAGCUGACUAUCUCCGCUCCAAUGGAUACGAGGAGGCCUACUCAACUUUCAAGAAAGAGGCAGAGUUAGAUAUGAAUGAAGAGGUAGAUAAAAAGUAUGCUGGGCUUUUGGAAAAGAAAUGGACCUCAGUUAUCAGAUUACAGAAAAAGGUGAUGGAGUUGGAGUCAAAGUUGAACGAGGCAAAGGAAGAGAUGACGCAUGGAGGAUCUGUGGGUCAGAAGAGAGACCCCAAGGAGUGGAUACCCCGUCCCCCAGAGAGAUAUGCACUCAGCGGGCACCGUGCUCCAGUCACACGUGUCAUAUUUCACCCCGUCUUCUCUGUAAUGGUCACAGCUUCAGAGGAUGCUACCAUUAAGGUGUGGGACUACGAGGCAGGGGACUUUGAGCGAACCCUGAAGGGCCACACAGACUCUGUGCAGGAUAUCUCCUUUGACCAGACAGGAAAGCUGCUGGCUUCAUGUUCAGCUGACAUGAGCAUCAAACUUUGGGACUUUCAAGGGUUUGAGUGCAUCCGAACAAUGCAUGGCCACGACCACAAUGUGUCGUCUGUUGCCAUCAUGCCAAAUGGUGACCACAUAGUUUCUGCCUCCAGAGACAAGACCAUCAAGAUGUGGGAGGUGGCUACUGGGUAUUGUGUGAAGACAUUUACUGGCCACAGGGAAUGGGUGAGAAUGGUGCGUCCCAACCAGGACGGCUCAUUGAUCGCUAGCUGCUCCAAUGACCAGACGGUGCGUGUGUGGGUGGUUGCCUCGAAGGAGUGCAAAGCUGAGUUGCGGGAGCAUGAACAUGUGGUAGAAUGUAUCUCCUGGGCCCCAGACAGUGCUCAUGCCACCAUCCUGGAAGCAACAGGUUCAGAGAGUAAGAAGAGUGGAAAACCUGGCCCCUUCCUGCUCUCUGGAUCCAGAGAUAAAACGAUUAAGAUGUGGGACGUCAGCAUCGGCAUCUGCCUUAUGACUCUGGUCGGUCACGACAACUGGGUGCGUGGGGUGUUGGUUCACCCUGGGGGAAGAUUCAUAGUGAGCUGUGCUGAUGACAAAACCAUUAGGAUCUGGGACUACAAGAACAAACGCUGCAUGAAGACCCUGUGUGCCCAUGAACACUUUGUUACCUCUCUGGAUUUCCACAAGACUGCGCCCUACGUGGUGACGGGCAGUGUUGAUCAGACAGUCAAAGUCUGGGAGUGCCGCUGAGACUUCCCCGUCUCUUGCCCUUUCCUGCCCCUUCCCCAAGCUUCAAACUAUUCUAAAUCCCCUCCCCUCCCCUCCCCUCCCCUCCCCUACCCCCAUCCUACUCUGCACCUCAGCCCCUCUUCCUCCUGUCCUUACACCCAGUCUAGCCCCCUCACCUCUUGCACUCCAAACCAUAGCUGACCAUGGCGCUUUACCUUCUCCUGCUCUCCCUCUCCUUCCUUCCUCCCCUACAUCGAUCCAGUCCUAUUAAGAUGACUAUUGUCCUUUUAUGUAAAUUAUUCUGGAUGUAGGGUACGCUUAAUAAAUGUCACGCAAUCUCUGACACAUAAACACACUCAAAAGAUAAGAAGUAUUCCUUGCAUGGUGAAUCAAACAAAAGAAAUUGUAUACUGUUAAAUUUGCCGAAUUUGCAUACUGUUGUCAUCACUUCCUGUCAGGUUUAAGGGUAAAUAUCCUUGUGUGCUGGCGCAGGUGGAUUUAGGUUGGCUGACUGACGCCUCCUCUUGUUGAAGGGGUCUAUUGUUUUGUUUUGCUUGGUUUUACUCCAUGCCUCCAUUGUUGUGGUCUGUCACUGCGUGGAUGGUGAGAGAGAAGGUGUGAGGAAAGAAAACAUGGAAGCAAAGAGCGGAAGCUGUCCAGGAGUAAGGCGAUAACAAGUUAAAGAAAAUAACUAACCAGGAUGCAGCUCCCUCGUCCAAUCAAACACGGUUCUGUGGGCGAGUGCAUGUGUACAUGUGCGUAUACUUUGUGCGAGUGUGUGUGUUUGUAUAUUAUGACAGGAGAAUUUCUUGGACGCCUCUUCUCUGACGCUCAGAGGAGAGACAGGAGGCAAAGCUUCUCACCCACUGUGUUCAUUCAUCAUCUCUUUUAACAAAAGUUGCUUUCUAGUAGACACUCACAGGACCUUAAUGAUCCCUAAGCUGCUGAGAGCACAGGCACACGCCCCCAUAGCAGAAGUGUGUUUUACAGAGGAAAAAGUCUGCUCACCUUUUCUGAGGUUUGUGUGUGUGUGUAUGUCGGCCCAGAGAAAAUCGCCCAGUGCCCUCUUGCUCGCUAUCUCUGCCUUGUUAACCCAUUGAGGGCUCCCUCACACGGGAUUUUCAUUCUGCUUUCUGUGGUCUCACUGCUCUCUUUACACACACAUACACUCACAAAAUGCACAUACACGCACAGUAAAAGUUGUGUAUCAAUAUAUCUGGAUGUCAUUGUUUGCAACAUAAUGAAAUAAAAUUCUGUAAAUAUAA